CACGCGAGCGUGUCUGGAUCGUUGGUCUGGAUCUGAUGGCGCAAAGGCAGAUGCUCUACUUCCUGUUCUCAGUCAGAAGAUGUGUUCAGCUUCCUGUAGCAUCUCGUCUCUGCAGCUCCAGACCCCAGAAUGCGGAUAAAGCAGUGGAGAAUGUGUGUCUUCUGGAAAGCCUGUCCAGCUUGGGUGUGGACCUGAGCUCGGCCCGCAGGCGGCAGCCGGGCGUCCUGAAGCGAGCGCUGACCAAUGAGAAGGGACUCGCACGCUUCCUGCAGAGCAAAGGUGCGGACGUGGCCGCCGUCGCCAGCAUCAUCUCACGCUUCCCACGAUGCAUCACUCGCUCCAGCGAACACCUGCAGGAGCGCUGGAACCUCUGGAGGAACAUCUUCCAGAGCGACGGCGAGAUGGUGGAGAUCCUCUCCAGAUCCCCAGAGUCUUUCUUCCGCUCCAGCGACAACAGGAACCUGAGGAACAUCACUUUUCUCAAGUCUCUAGGUAUUACACCUAAAGACCUGCACCGGCUGCUGACCACAGCUCCACGCACCUUCUCCAACAGCGUGGAGCUCAACAGAAACAUGGUGGAGCUCCUACAGAGCUCUGCGCUGUGUGGGCGGAACAACCAGAAAGAGUUCGCCAGGACCAUCAUCUCCAAAAACCUCUACAUCUUCAUCCGCAGCACCAAUCGAAUCAGAGCCAAUGUGGAUUUUCUGCUGAGCGAGAUGAAGCUGAGCGACUCUGAGGCGCAGGUUUUCCUCCAGAGCCACGGCGCGCUGAUCCUGGACCUGUCCCAUGAGAGUCUGAAGAAAAACCUCAAGAACCUGCGCUGGAAACUGCGAUCUCUGGGCUGCGGAGAAGAAGAUCUGAGGAAGAUGAUCCUCAAGUUCUCACUGGUGCUCUUCAUGUCUGCGCAGCUGCUGAACUCCAAGCUGGACUGCUUUCUGGACGCCGGGAUUCAUCAGCAGCUCAUCCUCAAACCCAAAGUGCUGGACUUCAGUGUGGAGAAAAUCAGGCGGAGGCUGGAGCAGCUCCGAGCACUGGGAUAUGACUUCCGGAAACACGGCAUCGGUGUGCUGGAUAUGAACAAACGCUUCCAGGAGAAGAUCAGGAGACUGGAGAAUGAGCUAUAA